CAUUUGUCAUGGCCCAACAACAGAUCCUGAUGCUGCGAAUGUCCGAGAUCUCGGUCGCGCACAUACGUAGUGGAUCGGUAUGCCCGUUGCGCAUUUGCUGCAGGGGCCUUUUGCGAUGAUGAAGGGUCUUGGCUGGGGGUUGCCAUCGUUGAUAUUAUCGUCUCUGGCGCCCCCUUAGUGACAGAAGGAACGCAUCCAUCUUUUUCAGCUCUUUCAAGCCAUGGCCGACGGUGUAUACACUCUCCAGGAGGUAGCGAAGCAUACUAGCAAGACUGAUCUGUGGGUCACACUGUGGAAUCACGUCUACAAUGUGACGGACUAUCAAGAAGACCACCCUGGUGGUAAGGAGUUCCUGCUUGAGAACGCCGGCACAGAUGCGACUACCGCCUACGAAGACAUUGGCCAUUCAACAGACGCCAGAGAGAUUCUCGAGAACUUCCGCAUUGGACGAAUCGCAGACGAGGACUGGACCGACCAUGAAGCCGCAAAGAUGCCCACGAUCACGCCGAGCAGAGUUCAUGUUGUCAACAACCUGCCUCCGCCGAAAUCGUGGCGGUUGCAUCUUGGAGCCAUUGGCUUCGGUCUAACAUCUGUCGUGUUCUCCAUUGUCGCUGGACGACGAUUUUCGCCGCUCUUGCACCGUCUUCAAAGCGCUGGGUUCUGGAAGGGCUUCGCCGUUUCCUCCAUCGCCAGUAUGGCCUUAGCCGGCUACGCCAGCUUGUGGGCAACCAAGAGCUUCGACGUUGCGCACAAAGACUUCCAAUCCUACCCCGCACACAUCAAAGCAAAGUCCAUGUCCUCGAAACCGACGAAGAAGAAAGACAUCAACCUCGGUGUCCUCAACGCCCGCGUCUACCAGCCUUUCCCGUUAAUCGACAAGUUCAACAUCUCCCACGACACCAUCCGCUUCGUCUUUGGCCUCCCCAAUGAGAACUCCGUGCUCGGUCUGCCUACUGGUCAACAUGUUGCGAUCAGGCACGAAGUCGAUGGAAAACAACUCGCACGAUCAUACACGCCGACAUCCAGCAACAAAGACCGCGGCCGUCUAGAACUUACCGUCAAGAUCUACGAAGGCGGCAAGCUGACACCUUGGUUGAGCAAGCUGAAUGUUGGCGACACUGUCGAGAUCCGAGGACCCAAGGGCGAGAUGAAGUACCACAAGAACCUGGUCAAGGAGCUUGGUAUGAUCGCCGGCGGUACUGGUAUUACACCCAUGUUCCAGAUCAUCCGCCGCAUCUGCGAAGACCCCCGCGAUGACACCAAGACGACGCUUUUGUAUGCGAACAAGACUGAAGGAGACAUCUUGCUCAAAGAUGAACUUGACAAGUUUGCGAAGAAGUACGAGCAGUUCAACGUGCACUACGUCUUGAGCAACCCAUCGGACAGCUGGAAAGGCGAGAAGGGCCGUAUCAGCAAGGAGAUGAUUGAGCAGCGCCUGCCCGCGCCGGCUGGUAUGGACAGCAAGAUUCUUGUUUGCGGGCCGGACCCGAUGAUGGAUUCUAUGGUUAGCUACUUGCAAGAACGCGGCUUUAAAGCACCUGGCAAAAUCUCGAAGCCUCAGGAUGAGAUUUUCACCUUCCAGUGAUCACUUUGUUCACUCUGCUAUGGAUUCUAAGGGUAUGGGGUGGUCGUGGCAGUGGUAUUGUCGGAGUAGAUUGGUUAAAUUGGGUAAUGAUAUCAAGUUGUUCAAACUACAUAUUUCGUAAUCCAAUGCGCAUGUAAACGUUUUCAAUAUGAACUUUAUCAUCAACC